ACAUCUAAAGGGACCGUUUCUUUCUUCCAUCCCAACACAACCAAAAACCCAUUAUUUCCAUCCAAUUCAAUUUCACUUGGUUUCACACGUUGACUUCCAUCUUGUAAUCAUUCUCGUUUGCCAAUGGAGCCAAUUUCUACUUCAACGCUUCAUUCCUGAAUCCGAACACCUUCUUCGUCGAACGCUGUUUUCUGUCCAGAAUUGUUGUUGUGAAAGCGCAAACAAUGGAAGCUCUCUCACCGAAUGCUCGUCCAAGCACUCGAGAUAGAGGAUUUAGUGAUACUUUCGCAGCACGUCCUCGAGUGUUCAAUGAACGGGAUCCGAUGCGCCAUGGAUCCAGUCCUGUAGGCCGGGAAAACCGGUCUCCCUCGAACGUACCGAAAGGCCUCGAAACAAUGCUGAAGACAACAACAGAAACUGGGGACAUUGGCAUGUUCUCCAUCAAACCCUCACGCGUUCCAAACCCCUCAAAUACCCCACGAAGGAUUGGGACAGGUCUCAGUGAGAUUGACAUGCAGAAGACGAGACAGGCUUUCCAACCAUACGGGGUUCCUAUUGUCGAUGACCGGCGUCGUCUACCAUCGUAUGCACGGGAUAAUUCUUCUGAAGCGCUGUCGAUGUACGAGACUGCGAGUCAGAAGUCAGCUAGCCGUACCUUCGACGACCCUGAUUAUCGUUCGUAUUCAAUGACCCAAACAUAUUCUUCAUAUACUUUAUCCAAUCAUCGAUCAUACACGAGUUUGAGGAGUCAACCUGAUGGAAAUGGCGUCAUCCAACGACCGAGAUCUCCUUUUGCGUAUCCGACACGCUUGAAGCGUCCAGGCUUUCGCCCGUCCUCUCCAGCAUUGACUGAUGGAGGAGCAGUCGACUAUAGUCGGCGUGUUGAGAUUGGCCGAGCUCCAUACGGUGCUGGUCAAAGCACGUCUUCUCCAGCAUCAUUGUAUGCGCAAAAACGUAGGCCGCCGCUGUCCUUACGCCAUGAAGCAAACAGAUCCACGCCUUCUCUCUUGAGCCAGUCUUCACCUCCACGACGGUCAUCAAGUCCCCUCGUACCACGACAAAAUGGACUAUCGGGUGGCGACUGGCAACGCAGGCACGUAACGGCAUCUGGAAACACAUCCCCUGCCCGAAGUACACUCAGUGUAGCUUCGACCGUAAAUCUUUACGCCACAUUGCCUACCUCUUCCGCUACUACGACACCUGGAAAACUACACCCUCCUUCUCCGUUGUACUAUGACUACACGGAAGAUUUUGAGGUUGAAGUCUGUGCCCAGCCACAGGUCUUAGAUCCGCCACCCCAGUUCCGUAUAGAGAAGACCAUUCCCGAAGAUCGUCCUAUGAGUGCCGAGGGGCCAGCUACAGGAGGUUCUCAGCACAUGUUCUCAAAUGAUACCAGUCGCUUUCAGACAAUAAUCUCCUCGUCGUCUGAUCGGCCGGAUAUUGAAGAAUCUCAAGCGUCGAAAUUGGACAACUCAGCCCAGCCGGAACACGUUGAUGCGGCCUCAUUCCCCGAUGACGAGGGACACAGCCAGAGAACUGGAGAAGUCAAUUAUGACGCUGAGCAACGCAAGAAGGUCAUUCGUUUAUCAGGCCUUGGGUACGGGGCUCGGGAAUUAAGUUGUCAUGUUGAAGAGGCUUUUGGACUGCCAUCGUCGUCAUCAUUUCUGGUCAACUCGGAGACUCGCCGAUCGUUUGAUGUGUUGCCAAUAUCAAGUGAGAAGGACCAACCAAGAAGGACUUCGAGGGAAAGCCAAUGCCUUCCGCCUUCUGGGCGCGCUAGAGCAAGAUCUAGUGGUUUCAAUUCGAUCAACACUGGGUUGACCGAGUUGACGGAACUCAUUCAGGGUACGAAUAAGCCCCAUGAAAACAAGCAGGAUGGCAUCUUUGCUCCACCUGGAAGAACUCCUAUGACAUCUCCGACCAUACCCGAAAAGUCGAAAUUACGAGACGCAUCUGCCGGGGACUCCGGUAAACCAUCAGCGCCUUCGUUUGCCCAGCAGAGAGGGCGGGAAUUGCAGAUGUUAGCACAGAGACAGCCAAUUAAGCGGAAUAAUCAGAGAGCACGAAGGGUAGACCCGCCACAAGUUGCCAAAGAUGUCCCGAACUUCAGUCACCAAAUACCCCAGAAAGCAAUUUCUCGUCCAGAGUCUCCAAUGCUUGCACCAAAGCCCAUAUCACCAGCGAGGCAAUUGAAGUUGAAGAACAGUAUCCCGCGGCUUAUGAAAGCACUCCCACCGGUACCGUCAGAGCCAGCACAGUCUUCGCCGCCCCCUCCUGGCCAUUCUCACUCGCAUACUGAAGAAUCACCAUCUCUGUUCACAUCUUUGGUCGCGGAUCUGCCACGCAAAUCGUCAAUAGACACAGCCCAGCACGAAGGCAUCGCUCAUAACUUGGGCAAGAAGCUCCCUUCAGUGCAUGAAGAGCAAGUUGAAAUUCGCGCAAAACCAGAGAUAGCCAGCAACACAGACACCAAGGACGAUAUAGAACAAAAUGCAAAUAAGAACUCGGCGCCAAAGCUGAAGCUCAAAGGUAUAAGCAAUACCGCUCUGAGAUCUCUUUCACCUCUUAGUUCACAACCAUGGAAUCUUGAAAACAAUGAUUCAUGGUUGAAUGAAAAUCUUAACGCUCGUCUGCAGUCAAGUCACCUCAAUGAUAAACCUACGAUCUCAAAGCAGCCAAAAUUCAGACUUAGAGUUAUUCGGGCAUCAAACUCAACACAAGGGACGGUGCGAGUUACACGAGAUAAUGAAAACGCAGAACCCUCAAACGGCAUACAUUUGCAGAAUCCAAAAGAUUUGUUCACACCAAGUCCAGGAAUCGACAAUCUCUUCCGAAACUUCGGUAGGCAUUUGCAUUCACGAAAGACCAGCGCGAACAGCAACUAUCACAGCGAAGAAUCGGAGCCAAUGUUCGCAGGGACGACCACCUCAUCGCCCGCGAACGAAAAUCGGGACGAGGAUGGUUAUUCUUUGCGUGGUCCACCAAUGAGUGUUGGAGGGGUGUUUGAAGCUCGAAGCGUGUUCUCGGACGAUAGUUCGCAAGCUCAUGGAUCCCAUAGUCUGCGAAAGCGUAUCUCCAAUCUGCGGGCUAGGAUUGCUGUUCCUUACACAGCCAAAGUAGGAGCUCAAUCGUAUGAUGAUAUCACAUGGAAAGACCGUCAUGCCCCACAAAUCGUACCACAGCCAACAAAUCAAUCUGAUUCUAACCUUCCUGCUAAUAGAAGGAGUUCGGAUAUCAAGCCAAUGCGGCGUUUCGCCGAGAAGUUGCACAGGCAACGACUGAAGGCCAAGGUGCGAAGUUGGAUCCAAGGUGCACGAUCGGUGAUUGCUCGUGUGAGGCCAAGACAUUCCCGAUCUGGAAGUGGGAGUGGAAGUGGCAGUAGGGGAGGGAGGCUUCAAUGACGAAGGGCAGGUCGGGUUGACUUGGAGCUUUUAGGCUGUUUUUGGGUGGUCUGGAACAAAGCGGAUUGAUAUGAUAUACUUGAUGACAGUGUGUCGCCCCUUUAGUUCGGACCUGGUACGGUUACUUGCAGCGUUAGCAUU